AUGUUAUUAUUGCUUCUCUUACCAUUUGUUCAUUCAAUUCCAAUUUCAGAUCAAAUUCAACCUGCCUUCAUUAACAAUCUUAACAAACAAGAAAACAAACCUAUUUAAACUAAAGAAUUAUUCUUAUUAGAAAUUGCAGAUUUUUUUUAAGGAACACCUUUCUAUAAUUUUCUAGGUAACUUUCAAUUCCUUAUUCUAUUAGACUUGUAAAAUAAAGACAAUGAAACCAAAAGAAUAGUAAUUGCCACUGUUUUGUCAAUUUUUCUGAUAGUCGUUUUGUGCGUGAUUAUUUAAUUUAUCUUGGAUAUAGCCAAAUAAUCCAAUAUUUAAUUAAGCAUUGAAAAGAAGUCAAACUUAUCUGAUUGA